AUGUCACAGGUGAUGCCCAGCUCCCUCCUGGCAGGAGGCCCCACUGUUGGCCUGGCCCCCUGCGAGGAGCCCGGGAAAGGCCUCCAUGCAGCCCCCCGGCCCAGCUUGCCGGCCCAGUGCCCCUACUACACCACGGAAGGCUGGGGGGCUCAGGUUCUGAUGGCCCCCGCCCCCAGCAAGGGGCCCCCGGGCAGACUCCAGCAGGUUCCACAGGCUGGAGCCAAAACCAAUGGCUUGGUGCGGCCCCCUGGGGACCAGGCCUCAGGGGCGCUAGAGGACCUCGACUCCUACCUCGACUUCUCCCUGGACGCGCUCAAGCACAUGAUGCUGGAACUGGACCCCAACUUCCAGCUGCUCCCCUCCGUCGCAGGUGGGCCCUGCCCCGAGCCCACCCAGAGCACCACCUGCAGGGCAAAGAAGGAGGAGCCUGAAGUCUUGGAUAUCAAGUACAUCGAGGUGAGCUCCACCAGAUCACGGUGCCACGAGGGCCCCCCACACAGCUUGAGCCCGACCGUCACCCCGCCCUUCAGCUCCGCCCACCCCGGAGGCCUGCUCCUUUCCAGAGAUGUCCCCAGAGAGACCCGCAGCAGCAGCGAGAGCCUCAUCUUCUCGGGGAAUCAGGGAAGGGGGCACCAGCGCCUCCUGCCCCACUGCGGGGUUCCCUCUGGUCACUCCUCGGCCUCUUCCAGCAUUGCCAUCCCACCCCUGGGGCACAGGGCCUCGGGCCCCCAUGACCUGGGCCUCACCUGGGGGACCUCUCCAAGUCUGGAGAAGGGGUUGGGCACUACAGCCCGUCAGCGGGGUAGCCGGGUCUCUGUACUGUCGGCCAGCCCAGCGUCUGACAUCAGCUACGACUUCGGAAGUAGCCAGUCCCUGCCCCACUCCAGCGUCUGCAGCCAUCGGUCAUCCUGCAGAUCCUCGGACAGCCCAGGCAACUCUUCCUCCAGCCUCCACAGCCUUGGACCAGGGUCCCCGUGUAUAAGAGCCAGCGACCUCCAGGUCCCCAGCACCCCCACCCCAAGCCUGGGCUCUCCCGGAGCAACCCACUCCCCACCGCUGGCCAAGGAGCAUGCCAGCAGCUGCCCCCCAUCCAUCACCAACUCCAUGGUGGACAUACCCAUUGUGCUGAUCAACGGCCGCCCAGAACCAGGAUCUCCUCCAUCCCAGAGAAACCUGGGACCCCAGGACCUUGUCCGAUCCGGGGCUGCUUCUGCCAGCUCCCCAGGGCCAGCCAUCAGAAGCCACAGCCAGACCCUGCCAGAGGCCUCGCCCACCGCAUCCCUGGAGGGACCCACUAGGGACAUGCAGCCCACCAUGAAGUUUGUGAUGGACACCUCUAAGUUCUGGUUUAAGCCAAACAUCACCCGAGAGCAAGCCAUCGAGCUGCUAAGGAAGGAGGAGCCGGGGACAUUCGUCGUGAGAGACAGCUCUUCCUACCGAGGCUCCUUCGGCCUGGCCUUAAAGGUGCAGGAAUCCCUGGCACCUGCACAGAAUCGACCAGGCCAAGACAGCAGUGACCUCAUCCGCCACUUUCUCAUUGAGUCUUCUGCCAAAGGAGUGCGCCUCAAAGGAGCAGACGAGGAACCCUACUUUGGGAGCCUCUCUGCCUUCGUGUGCCAACACUCCAUCAUGGCGCUGGCCCUGCCCUGCAAGCUCACCAUCCCACAGAAAGAAUUAGGAGGUGGAGGCGGGACCUCCGACCCCUCCACAGAUGGCCUGGCGUCCAGCCUGAAAAAAACUGCCGGCUGUCAUGCGCUAUACCUGAGUUCCGUGAGUGUGGAGACUCUGACCGGAGAGCUGGCCGUGCGCAAGGCCGUGUCCACCACCCUGGAGAGGGACGUCCUCCCCACACCCACCGUGGUCCACUUCAGAGUCACAGAGCAGGGCAUCACCCUGACUGAUGUCCAGCGGAAGGUCUUCUUCCGACGCCAUUACCCCCUUUCCACCCUGCGCUUCUGCGGCCUGGACCCUGAGCAACGCAAGUGGCAGAAGUACUGCAAGCCCUCCAGGAUCUUUGGGUUUGUCGCCAAGAGUCAGACCGAGUCCCAGGAGAAUGUGUGUCACCUCUUCACGGAGUACGACGCAGUGCAGCCAGCCGCACAGGUGCUGGGCCUUGUGGAAGCCCUGCUGCGGGGCCCGGAGAGGGCCUAAGCAUGCCACCAGGG